UUCUGAUAAAACCUAUUCAGGAGAGGGUGCUGUGCUGGAGGACAGAGUGUGGCAAUUGCCAAAUUAGAACAUUACCAUUUUCUUGCUCGUGCACUACUGACUUGGCUCUGGUUGUGACUGCCUUGUAUGAGACUGUUAGAACAGCUCCAAUAUAUUCAGACAGUCUCAGUCACUGUGGAAUGCCUCAAGGGCAAUAGAAAUCAAAUAGAAACAGGUACCAACUCAUGUCUCGAGUGAUGACGGAGGUACAUUUCAAGUACCAUGGAAAUCUCACUGGGCGAGCCCAUUUCCCAACCUUGGCAACAGAGGUUGACACCACUUCAGAUAAGUAUUCCAACCUGUACAUGUACGUGGGCUUAUUCCUAAGCCUCCUGGCCAUUCUCCUCAUCCUGCUCUUCACAAUGCUCCUUCGGCUCAAACACGUCAUCUCACCCAUCACAUCUGAGAGCACAGAAAACGUUCCUCAAUUCACAGAUGUAGAGAUGCAGAGUCGAAUCCCCACUCCUUAAAGCCAGGAUGGAUAUGAGCUUUAGUGAAUCUGAGUGAACUGUUGUAUGUUGAUGUUCAGGAAAGCUUACUCUGUUGUACAUGGCUUCCCAUGUAGGGAAUCAACAAGUUGUUUGUUUAACCAGUCGGUUAUAUUUUUGUUGUGUUACUCUUUAUCUUGAAUCUGCUGUGGAAUAUCUAAGAGGUUUUAAAACUCAUUCUUUGCCAGAAAUAUAGGAAACGGCAGCUGGCCGGGAGGGCAGGUUUCCAUAGUAACCACAGAACACCUGGGCUCCAGGAAACCUCAAACCACAGAAAUUCAUAAGCAGCUACAUAAAAACAAAACAAAACAGGAUCCCUGGAAGCUCCAAGAACAAGGAAGAUUUGCCUUUGAAAGGGUUGAUGAGGGCAUCCCAAGAAAAGGACAAGUUUUAACUUAGCACUUGGACCCUAUAAGAACCACCUCUGCUGACAUGAAGCUGUAUCGUGUGGCAGGUUAAUGAAAGGACCCAAGCCCUUUCUCAAACGUGCAGUGAUUUUUUCAUCAUCUAAGGCCAUCAGGUCUGUCCCAAAUGAAAGAAGAGAUUUAAAAAAAUUGUUUCAGUUUAAAAAUAGCCAAUUUGCAGAAAUAAUUUCUAGUCAACAAACUCAUCUAGAGAGGGUAA